GGCUGAGGGUGGGAAGGGGAGAUCCGCGAGGAAGGAGGCGCAAUCACAUGGAGAUCGCAUCAUCCAUAUCCCCCGCCUCCCCUUCUCAGUCGUGCAGUGUCAUCCCCUGCACCUUCUCUGCACAGAACUACUGCACCUGCCUGGAUUCCUGCCUGCCUGCGCAAUCCUUCCUGCUGCACUGCCACGAGAAGCGUGCAAUCAUCCUCAAUCUCAUGCUAGACUGUCACCGCUUACGAGCCAUUUAUCCAGCUAGAACGAGGUAGUUCCAGCUUCUCGUAGCCGGCUCUAGACUGGUACUGCCACUGCCGCUGCCACCUUCGGAGUUAUCAAUGAUCGAAGGUUUAUAAUCUCGUCCUAGAGUGGAGUGUUCUAGAUGAGCUGGAUUGGCUGCCUCGCAGGACCCCAGUACGACUGCUUUGAGGUUUCUGCGAGGAGGAAGAAUCGGAGGAUCAUAGUUCGCAAUUCCGCCACCGGAAAUGGCUAGAAGUUUGUUCCGUCGACUGAGAGUAAUGGUGGCAGAUACGAUGACAAGGCCGAGAUGUAGGAAGGGCUGUAUACAAGCGAUUGAUUACCGGUCUUGGGGUCCCAUGGCUCUCGUAAGUUUACUCCCCGAGUGUGGAGACCGGAAAGAGACGGGAGAAGAGAUUGAGUUUUUGGAGGGGAUUGAGUGUUCUCAGUAUUGUUGUUUUGAUUGGGGCCAUGGUAGUUUCAGAUAUGUCGAUCGCAACAAUGGUCGAAGUGCAUCUCUGGGGCUUAGACUGAUGAAGUGAGCCUUCAACGAGGACAGGGAUGGAUGCAGAAGCAUAGGAGCGACGGGAAACGUCUCUCACGAUUCAUGAGCCUGAAAAGCAGGGUUUAUGAGCUGAUCGGCAGGAGCAUCAUCCGGAGAGAGAGGUAGGGAGGAAAGGGUUACGAAUUAAUCUUAACUUAUUAGUUGCACGGAUAUUAAAUGAUGCACUCGUGAGUCCUGUGAUCUGCAAGAGACCGUCGACCGGUCGCAUGUUGUAACAGAUCUAUGAACUCAAGAAAUGGGAAAGAAAACGCCACUUUCUCCAGCGCCAGGGGGUGGUAGCCGAAGGGAUGACACGGAAGGACAGUUACUGAGGGAGCUCGAAGCUUUAAGCCAAGUACUCUACAAUGCAGGCUUGCAGAAUGGUCGGCCACCGUUAAAAGACACUUCAGCGUCUCAUCUUGUCGCUAGUCUUCCUGGCCCGAGGAGAUCACAGGAGCCAGAGUCUCCCCACCUCAGAAGCGGGGCAUACCCACCUCAGUCGCCCAACUUCGGCGACAGAAAAGAAAACCAAAAAGAGGAUUCGACAGGUCUCAAUGGCCACUCCAACAAGAAAGAGAGAGACAGUUGUUCUGAAUAUCAGCCAUCAUCGCCAUACCUGAGCUCAAGAAGCGUAAAAGGUCCUGCAUCCGCCUAUCUUGGAGGGCCGGAUGGAAUCCAAACCAAGACUAAAACCGCAGCAAUUAUGAGCCUCAAUGGAAUCGUUACCAACGGUAAGAGCGCUUCCUUCACAAAAGCGUGGAGUAGAAGAUCAGAAGAAGGCAAGCCACCCAUGGCUACAAGGGGUUAUGAAGUGCCCAAAUCUUCACAAGUGGACGCCCGGAGAAGUGUGGAUGGUGCACCUCCUUCUUAUCAUGAGGCUCGAAAAGCAGAGAAUCUGCUUCUCAAGAAUUCCAAUGUGGGAGGACAAUUUGGGCUUGGUUCUCCAGAUCUGCAGAGUCGACAAAGUGAGAACAAUCCCUACAUGGGCACCGUGGCCGAGAGGGAUCACGGUGGGGUUACACAAUUGUCUCGUGGGAAGGAACUACAACUGCCCCGACUUGGAUCAUCUCCCAGGUCAAGCGAGCCCACGACUACGAGAUCGGCAGGAAGUUUGAACAGCACCGAACAGACGCUGGCUGCGGCUGCGGCUGCUUUAAGGACCCCAGGUAAACGAACUUCAGCCCGUUCUCAGUUGCGUGUCUCGCAGUCUGAGGACCUUGGAAAGAGGAUCGAGGCAUACCCGCUUGAUGGUAGAAACGAGAGGGUUGAGGAUGAUGAACCUGGUCGGAGACUGGUGCCGUGGCAUUCACAGGAUUUUGAGAAAGAUUUGCCGGAGGUCUCCAACUUCGCGCAGUGGCAGGAAGGUAACACGCAGUUCAGCAAGCGCCUGGAAGCGUCGAAGGAGAAGAAGAGUCUUUGGAACUGGAAACCCUUUCGGGCUAUAGCACACAUUGGCCUGCAGCGAUUCAACUGUAUGUUCACUGUGCGUUUGCAUCGGAUUCAAAGCCUUCCCUCUGUCAUGCAUGGGCUCCGUCUCGCAGUCACGUGGAAAAGAAAAGAUACACGAACACGAAGUAUGCCGGCUCGCGUUAUCCAAGGUGUAGCACAGUUUGACGAGACUCUUAAGUUAAAAACACACGUGUUCGGCAUCAAGGAUGGCACAAAAGGCAUGAAAUUCGAACCCCGAAAUUUCGAACUCUCUGUGAUCGCCCUUGAUGUUGAUGAGAAUUCCCUUGGAAAGCACAAAAUGGACCUCACCCGGCUUCUUCCUAAAUCCACCGAGGGUCGUGAUGAGGAGAAUGACCGUACCUGGACCACGAGCUUCAAGCUCGCGGGAAAGGCCAGUGGCGGAAUCCUAGUUCUCACAUUCGGAUGUCAACUGCUGAACAAAAACUCAGAACCAACGAGCAAUUUGUCAAGUGCGAGGUUUGAAUCCCCCGUUAUCAAGCCCAUCGGAUCCUACAGCAGCUUGCCAAAUUCUCCGGAAGAAACCACCCAAGAAGACUGGUCAUCCUACGUUGCUGAUUAUUCUCCUGCUACGUCCAAGCUUUCGUCUGAUAGUGAACUCACGAAGAUUGAGCACCUCAACCUAAACGAUGAACAGAGUCCUAAUGAAGGAAACCGUUCCACCGGAAAGUCCAAUCAAAGGGGUCAAUCUCGACCCAGUUUUACAAAUGACGAGGAUUUCCCAGGAGCGCCGAAGAAGCUGUCCUUUAAUCAACCAGCAACUCGUGGUGGAGGAGACUUGAACAAGGCUUCCGACGAGGAAGACGAUGACUCUGAGUUCAAUAUAGUGUAUCAGGGUCGCGAAAUCAGUGCUAUUGUGGAUCCUGGUCCUCCUCCGCUGGAGAAUGACGAUACUGCAGCAGACAAAGACACUGUACAAGGGUUGUCAGAUGGGGAUGCAGAUGCCGACGUCCGCGGGGGCUCAGUGGACGUUAUUGAAGCUCAGGUCGGCGAGGCUGUGGUGGACAACGCGGAGGUUCUUUCUAAUGACGAAGAUUCGAAAAUAUCAGAACCAAUUGCUGUGAGUCCGCAGCCAGCCAAUCCACGACCAGCAGAAAAAGAUGGUGAUGCGAAAUUGCCUCAGGGAGUUGGAGAGGCAAUGAAAACUGAUGAAAAUGAGAAGAAACAAGAGGAGAGUGUAGUUGAGGAUCACGAAGAGUGGAAUGAAGGCAUCGUAGAAGACUUGGAAGAGCUGACACGGUCAUGGUUGGUUAGGGAACCAGCUAACACCAUAAACGACUCCUUAUCAGCCUACAACGAGAUUGAGAAUACACUAAGUGUGGUCGCUGUAGAAAGCAAAGAAGACAAGACAACAAAUGUCACCGUUUCAAAGAGUAAUGUCAAAGACGACAAAAGCGUUGAAUCAGUUCAACCGAUCCCAACUCUCGAACUUCAGGAGACAUCGAAGGAAGAAAGUAGGGAUGCUGGCGCCGACGAGGAUGACCAUGACCUCGUCGCUGAUGAGUUCUUGAGCUUACUGAUGGACGAAAGGAGCUCCGUAGCCUGCAGCUCUGAAAGUGCAGACUAUUCCCCACGUGCUCUGUUCCUACAACAGUUGGAACAGGAGGCGCUGAUAGAAGGUGGCUUAGAGCUGAAUUUUCACUUGCCAGAGUAUGCGAAGUUCAGAAUGGGCGGGAUGCAGGACAAGGUUGAUGAGAGCCCAUCCCGCAAAGACAACAAGGACUCGCCGUUAGACUCUGACACUAUCGCCGAUUCAGAGUGGGGUAACGAAGACGACGAGGAGCUUGCAGCUAUCAUGGACGCCGCUGAAGCAGAGCUACAGAAAGCAACCCAAAUAUUGCAAAGCAAGGCGCGAGCUAAACUGCUCGAGGACGAGGAAACCAAGGCUCUUAUGCAAGAAUGGGGCCUCAAUGAUAAAGCAUUUGACGCACCUCAAUCCCAGACGUCGCCUGAUUCUAGUCAUGCUCUGGUUCCUUUGCUGCCACCACCUCCGUUGGGCAACGGACUAGGUUCUGUGCUGCAUAUUCGCAGUGGUGGCUCCCUGCGUUCUAUGAGCCCUACACACUUUCAAGGAGGUAGCGCUGGUGGAGGGCUGGUGAUGCAAGUAUCUAAUCCAGUUGUGCUGCCAUCAGAAAUGAGGGCAACAUCCAUGGACAUAUUGCGCCGAAUGGCCGUGGCAGGAAUGGAGGGUAUGCCUGCCGAGGCAAUAAUGGCUAUGCCCUUGGAGGAUAUCACAGGAAAGCCAUUGGAUCUAAUUUCAUUUGAGCAAAGACCUGGAAGCCUUAAAGAAUCGCUUGAAAGUUGUCAGAACGGAGUUGCGGCUAUAGGGUAUGAUGAAAGCAACUCGCUUACCUCACGAAAGACGAGCAAAACGCUAUCAGCAAUAAAUCCCUACGAAAAUGGAAGUAGGGGCAAGCGGAAUGGAACUACUGCAAAUUCGAAUGACGAAUACAUUGGUCUUGAAGAUAUAGCACCCAUGGCCAUGCUAAAGAUUGAAGCUCUUGCUCUGGAGGGCUUGAAGAUACAAGCAGAAAUGGCUGACCAAGAUGCACCCUAUGGUAUUGAAAUCAUGGCAGAUGAAGCAAACUUCAAGAGAGCAGGCAACAGAGUUAACAUGCUCAAUGGGCCCACUGGGAUAUCGUUGCCAGAGGGAGGUGCGGAGGACGUCAACUUCAUGUCCAUGGCGGUCUCCUUGGACGAGUGGAUGCGCCUCGAUGCAGGAGUUUGUGGCGAAAGCGAGACCGAGGAACAAACGCUGGCCGUCAUAGCUGCACAUAAUGCUGCGCAUAAGAGUGACAGUAAGGUUCACGAGAAGCAAAAAGACAAUCAGGUGGCGACCCAGAACUCACGAACGGGUCACAACCGAAAGAAUGCGAGCUCUGGCUUAAUGGGGGAUACCAUAACUCUUGCCAUGUUGGUGCAGCUUAGGGAUCCGUUACGAAACAACGAACCUGUGGGGGCGCCCAUGAUGGCUCUUGUUCAAGCGGAGAGGGUGAUGAUUCCUCCUAAGCCGAAGCUGGGGCGGCGCAUAAGCGAAGGUGAUGACCAGGAAGAGGAGGACCUUAAGAAGCCCCGAUUCAUGAUUGUGGAUGUCACAGUGUCGGGGUUGAAGACGGAUAAAAGCUCUAAUUCCAAUCGGAGGGUAGAACUCUGGGGUAACCAGAAACAACUUCAAGCAGGGACGCGAUGGCUUGUUGCCCAUGGGAUGCAAAAAUCAACAAAAUCACACCCGGCAUUGAAAGGCAAGACCCCGUCUCAGCCUAAGUCUGCGCCACAGGUAAAAGUACAGCGAGGGGAGACUUUGUGGAGCAUCUCAGCACGAGUACAUGGAACUGGUGCGAAGUGGCGAGACUUAGCUAAAAUGAACCCUCACAUUCGCAAUCCGGAUAUCAUCUUUCCUGACACAACCAUUCGAACACACUAACAUUGAUAGAAUGCACAUUGCACACAUUUGAUAAAAUUGCACAAAUCGAGUUCGAUUGUAAAGACAGCAUGGAUGGUGGGUCGCCGGUUCUCCUUUCAGUUCUGCAUACCUGAUAGCAGAUGGGGAAAUGUAGAAUUGAAACAUUGUACAUACAUAAGAGGUGUAUGAUUCCUCACGUCUGGCGACCGUUUCACGUAGACUGCUCUAUUGUACUUCGUCAGAUGCUAGUUCUUUAGUAAAACCGUCCGAUCAGAUUUCAUUCUUUAUCACUGACUGCCGUUUCUUCCAGCUCCACCUGAGUUCGUUAAGCUCCCUAUACCCUAAACAAGUAAAGUCAUGAGUAGGUAAACAAUGACAUAUCGCAGGUAAACAACAUCUACGAUAGUUGUGACACAAUUGCUUCUCAUUUGGCUUUCAAUUAUCCCUCCAGCGGGAAACUAGUUGAUUUUU